AUACCUUCCCAAUCCCGCCACCCGCCCACCCGGACGCAGGGACGCAAGAAUCGCAGCAGGGUUAUAUGUCCCACCCAAUCGUCCCCAUACCCACUUCUACUGCAUAAUACAUACCAUAGCCCUUUUCAUUCCUCCCGCCAAAAAAAUAAUAAAUAUAUCUCCCUCAAGUUGGCCAUACUACCUCCUUCAUAUUCUUUUCCUCUUCAACCUCAUCGUUCGCCAAACCCAAGUGCCUUUUGUCGAUAAGGCCUUGCUGGUAUACUCCGUCCCUUUUCCUUUUCCCAUCCACCUUCUUCGGUCUUAAAGGUCUGUUGAUUUGCAGCAUGGCCUCCGACUCGACGAGCGCCUCCGGGCCCGUCGCCGCCUCGGCUUUUCCUGAUGGCACCAAAGAUUACAAGCCACUCCGGUCGAGCAAGUAUGACUUGAAAAAGCCACACAUCACCGAAUUCCCCAUUACCUGGGGUAACUGGUACAAACAUGUUAACUGGCUUAACACCACCUUCAUCAUCUUCAUCCCUCUUAUCGGUAUGAUCAGCACAUACUGGACUCCCCUUUACUGGAAGACCGCCGUCUUCUCAGUCAUCUAUUACUUCAAUGCCGGUCUCGGUAUAACAGCCGGUUACCACCGACUUUGGGCUCACAGCUGCUUCAAGGCGUCGCUCCCCAUCAAGAUCUAUCUAGCUGCUUGCGGAGCUGCCGCCGUUGAGGGUUCCAUCCGAUGGUGGUCGAGAGAUCACCGUGCUCACCACCGCUACACCGAUACCGAGAAGGACCCCUACUCCGUUCGAAAGGGUCUUCUGUACUCUCACAUUGGCUGGAUGGUAAUGAAGCAGAACCCCAAGCGUAUCGGCCGAACCGACAUCUCCGAUCUGAACGAUGAUCCCGUUGUCGUCUUCCAGCACACCCACUACAUCAAGUGUGUGCUUACCAUGGCUCUCAUCGUCCCCACUCUUGUUUGCGGUCUUGGCUGGAAUGACUGGUGGGGUGGUUUCGUCUACGCGGGCAUUCUCCGAAUCUGCUUCGUCCAGCAGGCUACUUUCUGUGUCAACUCUCUCGCUCACUGGCUCGGCGACCAGCCCUUCGAUGACCGUAACUCCCCUCGAGACCACGUUAUCACCGCUCUCGUCACCCUUGGUGAAGGAUACCACAACUUCCACCACGAAUUCCCCUCCGACUACCGCAACGGUAUUGAGUGGUGGCAGUAUGACCCUACCAAGUGGAGCAUCUGGAUCUGGAAGCAACUUGGACUCGCAUACGACCUCAAGCAAUUCCGACAGAACGAGAUCGAGAAGGGUCGUCUCCAGCAACUACAGAAGAAGCUCGACCAGAAGCGCUCUAAGCUCGACUGGGGUGUUCCUCUUGAACAAUUACCUGUCAUUGACUGGGAUGACUACGUUUCCGAAGCCAAGAAUGGCAGGGGCCUCGUCGCUGUUGCCGGUGUCAUUCACGAUGUGACCGAUUUCAUCAAGGACCACCCUGGUGGCAAAGCCCUCAUCUCUUCGGCUAUCGGAAAGGAUGCCACUGCUAUCUUCAACGGUGGAGUAUACGACCACUCCAACGCCGCUCACAAUCUUCUGUCUACCAUGCGUGUCGGUGUUCUCCGAGGAGGUUGCGAAGUCGAAAUCUGGAAGCGAUCCCACAUGGAGAACAACAAAGACGGUGCCUUCGUUACCGACUCAUCCGGCCAGCGAAUCGUUCGUGCCGGCGACCAAGUUACGAGAAUCGCUCAGCCCCUUGCCAGCGCCAAUGCGGCGUAGGCUUGAAUUUCUCUAGUAUUGAGAUCGGCAUAGAGAUAAUUCGGGGGAUAAUAAUGGGAUUGUCACAACGUCGCGACGUCUUGUGACUCUAAGAAUGAAUGGAUUGAUGAAGAAAUUAUGUACAUAAAAAGCCGCGGGGCACAGCUACAGCAUGUUGAGGCAACUCGUCCUCCGGCGUUUAUGGGAAAUUGGUGAAUGGGAAGGCUCACAUAAUGGUGGGCGUUGGCGUAUCACUUACGAAAGACUGAACGUUGAAUGCUACGAGACAAGUAUCGACUAGCAGAAAUCAAAUUUCAGAUUGAUUCUUCCUAA